GGCUUUUCUGUCGUUGAAAAAAGCCGAAGUAUACUCUUUCGACUUUUGAUUUGGAUCUUAGUAUUCCGACACGUUAUUCUUUACAAUAUUGCCGUACGAUUUCACGUACAUAUUUCAAUGAAUAAUACUAAUAAGUAGGUAAAGACUUCGGUAGAAACUCGAGACUUGACGCAAGGUGGAACGAUCAAUGCAUUAGUGAUGCAAGUUCUCUUGAGCAUAUUUAUCGGAUUUUUAGAAAUUGCAUGAGAGAUAUUAUUCAUUCUAAACUUGCACGAGUGAAAAUCAAAUGUUACCGAAGCAUUAUUGAAAGUGUUUAGUGAUUAUCCAAAGCUAAAAGAGAAAUGUUGGCAAAUUCUUAAAAUGUAGCAUAAAUGGACGAUCAUAGUGUGCUAUAAAUAGUAAUUACUCGGUGAUAUCAAGUGAUAGGGUGGGGUCGCCAUGAUCAUUGGUUGACGUUUAGGGGGAACUCGAAACGCGGUUGGUUUAUUGUGUAACUAUUCUGGGUGGGAUAUGCGUCGAAGUAUUGCGCAGAAGGAGAUCUGCCAGUUGACCAUCGAGUGAUCACCGUUUUCCGAGGAGCUCACACCCUCCACAGAUAGUUUUCCUAUUUGUAGAUUUCGUUGCUCAAUCUCAGUAUCCAAAGUUGCUCUUAUUAAGGAAUGAUCAAAAUAUUAAAAGAAUACUUGAAGUAGGGGAAGAUUCGGUAUAAAAAUCUUCACAAUUGGCACUUUACGAUCCGCGAGGUAGAUGAUUCACGUAUAGUACGAUGAAGGACAAUGGGGCAUAGCAAACCGAUUCGAUAAACUCGUACUUCCGAAUUGUCCGUGAAAACGUAUUUAAUAGUUAGAUUUCCAUCAUGAUCCUAUGUUUGUACUUCGAUAUGCGUUAAAUCGUCGAGAAUAUCAUCAAAAUGCCACGCAUAGAUCCCCUAUCUUUAUUGAAAUGUCUUAGUGUUUUAUUGGGUCCAACUGGAGGUAUUAAAAGUAAAGAAGAGGUUCACCGGUUGGCUAAUUUAAUGACAAAGUUCUCAAAGAAACUUGUUUCGAAAUGCAUUUACAUACAGAUAUUAAAAACUACAAAUACUGAUUUACUUAGCCAAUUUAUGGGUGCAGGAGGAUGGAAUCUCAUUCAUAUGUGGCUUACAGAUGGUAUUCUUGCUAAGAAUUGGGCUCUCAUCCAAGAACUUUUAGAACUUUUGCUGUUAUGCCCAGUAGAUAUCGAGAGAUUAAAAAGCAAUAAUUGCCCGAAAUUGGUAAAAGGUUUAUCAAAGGAAGGGAGUCACCAAGGUGUUAGAGUGUUAGCUAGUCGACUGGUCGAACAGUGGUUGAAGAUAGUGAAAGGGGAGGCUGCCCCAAACUCUGUGCCAGCACAAAUCAUGACUAUUCCAGUUCAAACAACUGGUGUUCUGGGGCAAAGUUUUGUAUCCCAGUCACCGCAACAGCAACAGUAUUCCAUUCACUGUGGCACUCAACAAACCAUUUCUGAUGGUACGGAAGCGGCAACGGUUCAGGUGCAAGAUCUGCAAUUUAUUACGAAUUCCACUUCGACCAUCGCGGUAUCCCAUAUUCAACCACAGCAGCAACACUCGCAAGAACAGCAGCAGACCCAGGAAAGGACGACUAUACAGCCAUUACAAUUGCAAGUUGUUAGUAAACCGCAACAGGUGCAACUACAACAGCAAUUGUCAUCGCAGAAAAAGCCAGCAUUCGUCGUUGUAUCCACAUCUUCGCAAUCUCCGGUUCCUGUGUAUAAGAUAACUAUUCGCGAGGGCAAACAGAUUCUUACAACAGUGGAGACAGACGCCACGAAUAUUAACAGUGUUUUAAAUACGAACAGUACAAAUGUAGAAGUUAAUGGGGAUGCCGUAGAUGAUAAUCUUCUCGCGAAACAGACUUCGGAAGAAGAAGCGUCUAUGGAACUUAGUGAUGGUGUAGUUAGUGGACAAGAUUGUGAAAAUGACAUUGCACAAUCUGAGAAAUUAGACCAAGUUUCAAGUGAAGUGAAACAAACUGUAACGGAUACCACGGACAAUCCUGACGUUGAAGUUAAAAAUAAAGAUAGCAAAGACAGUAAAGACAAUGGUAGUGAAAAUAGUAAAUCUAGUAAUAAGGAAAAUCGGGACUCUUCUAAAAAGGACGAGAAAAAAUCAUCGAGUUCGGAUAAAAAGAGUCAUCAUAGCUUAUCUUCAUCCUCGAAAAGUUCUUCUAAGCAUAGCUCGAGUUCCAGUUCGCAUCGUUCCAGUUCCACGUCAUACAAAUCGAGUAGUCAUCGCUCCAGCAGUAGUAGUAAUAAUAGCAGCUCAAAGAGUUCGAGUUCUAAGGACAAGUCUUCCAAGGACAAAGAUAAGCAUCACUCAUCCAGCAAACAUAGUUCUAGCAAAAAUAAAACUGAUAAAGAACGGGAGAAGGAGAAGCAGAAGAAGGACCAGGCGGAGAAGGAUAAAGCGACGUUAGAAAAAGUCCAAGGACAGGCGUUGAGUUCGAAGUUCGGGAAGAUACCGAAAAAGAAAGCGGAUGAAGAAAAGUCGUCUGGGGAUGCGGCUGUGAGGAAGUCGUCGACGGACUCGCGGGACAGUUCAAAAGAAAAUAAGACUGACGCGAAGAAGGUUUCAACAAUGCCGGAGAAGAAGAAUAUUUCGAUUUCCAUUGAGAGUAGGAAAAACUCUCAAGACUCCAUAGCGCGGCCAAAGACUGUGAAAACAUUUAACUCUAAAUUCAGAUCGACAGGUUUGGAAGAAGAAGUGAAACCUCCUCCGCCGAGAUCGGCGAAAAAGUCGAAUCCGGUAAUUGACAAAAAGGUCAUACCACAGAAGUUGCCUACCUUAAAGAGACCAUCGCCGCUUAGGGAAAGUAUUCCGACGACGGAUAAACGACCUAAACUAUCGCUGGACUCGCCAACCACGCCGCCUGUUGAAGAAAAGAAGGGCGGCAUCAAAUUGAUACCACCAAAGCCAAAACCAAUGGUUUUGCAAGAAAGCGAUAUGUUUAUGGAUGCUUUGACCGCGUCGACGAAAAGUAAAGAACCGAGGAAAAGAAAACGGAGGACGUCCAUCACGAAAGAUGGUCCCACGGAAGUUAAGAAACAAGAAACUGCCAGUAGUAAUAAUCGCGAUGUCACAACACCACCCACCUCACCGACAAGUGCCGAUGAAAAAUCACCCGUAGUUAUCAAGCCUAACUUUAAGUUUUAUCAAGAUACGCUAGAAACGGAGGAAGAUAAGGAACAGAAAGAGAGGGAAAAUUCGGAGGACGACGCGAAGAAGGAAAAGGAAGAGGCGACGGACGAUCAGAAGGAGAACAGAAUAUACAAAGCGGAGAUCGAUGACGAUACCGGAAGUAACACACCUACACCGGAAGAAGACGUGGAUGAAAAGGCUUCGGAUUCUCCGGAAGAUACUUCCUCCGAUUCGACGAAGAAGGAUUCCGUUGGUCCUUACCCGGAAAUACGAUACGUCGAUGGACUGCGGAGCGUUUUGCUACUUCAGAAACGCAAAGGCGCGAAGAAAGUAUUGAAAUGGAAAACGGAUCUGGAAUCGGUGCGCUACUUCGAGUUAGACGAAACGGAAAGGGUGAACGUUACGAAAACGUUUACCGACAUGAAACAAAUGGAGAAGCAAAACGAGAGGGAAGCAUUCCAAAUGGCCAGGAAAUUAAGUAACGAGGAUUUAAUGGAAGAGAGGACGAGAUGGAAAGCUCUAAUUCCGAUCGAUUUACCGCCGCCUUUAGUGGAGCCUGGAAAAGACAGCAGAGAGAAGGAUAUUCAGUACGCUCGGGAGAAAGGAAUUUUACAAGCAUUAUACUUCAACCGCAGCAUGAUACCAGACUCGGCGGCAGAACCAGACGAAGAACGUCACCAUAUAUUUAGUGAACCUAAAAUCAUUCCCUUGGAAGAUCUCACUGGAAACAAGGAAAGUGAAAAGGACUUCACUUCUAUGCCAUGGCCGGAACCGAAACCACAGUUACAACCCCAAACGCCACCAGUUACGAACUUCCAUUAUCCAACGUUCAAUCAGCAGCCAGUCAUGGCGUCUAUGGGACCUCAGACUUCGAUGGGACCGAUGCCCCAAAUGUCUCAGCAAAUGAUGGGGCCCACUCAUAUGGGUCCUAUGGCUUCCGAGAUGGGAGGCCCGAUGCCUACUACCGCGGGAGGUGGCUGGAGAACCGGGGACGGAAAAGUAGUCGUACCCGACGCAAUGAGUAUAAACCCGAUGGGUAAUAUACCGAACGCGUUCCCACCAGGAAUGGAAGGUGGCCCGAUGGUGCCACCCGGAAUGAUGGGACCACCGCCGAUGUUCAAUCAACAGCAAGAGGGCUACGGUAUGAUGGGCCCCGACGAUAUGGGUUUCAAUAACAUGAAUCCCAACAAUUUUCAAGGGCCACCGGGUCCUAUGUACGGUCCUGGCCCGAACUUUCAAGGGCCCAGAGGUGGCGGCCCGAUGCAUGCCAGGGGCAGAGGCGUCCCUGGACCUGGUUGGUACAGAGGCGGUGGGGGACCACCCGGAAGAGGAGGAUGGAGGGGGGGCGGCGGCGGUGGUGGAUGGAGAGGAAAUGGAAAACAGCCACCCGUGUGUAGGCAAUUUUCGAAGAACGGUUACUGUCGGGUCGGUGACAAAUGUCAAUAUCUACAUCCCGGUGUAAAUUGUCCACCAUUUUGAACGAAACUGACACAGUGAAUUAGUUCAGAACUUCCGCAGCCGCGUGACAUGAACAUGCAUUCUGCUUGAUAUGAAUUAAUGAACAAUGAGCGAGAGUGCCCCGAAUGGUUGAUCAUGUUCGAUAGGAGACUCGCGUUCGAGAAUCGAUGAUGUGCAAUUUUUUAUUGAUAAUGAAAUCAAAAAAGAUGAAGCACCAGCCAUUUUCACAAAAUGUAAACGAUUCACUUUACUUUGAAUAGUCUAAGAAGAAAGCGCGAUAAAUUUAUUUUUCAUGAAUAAUACUCAAAAAGAUUACCAAUAUUUUACACUACUUUAAAUCUGAAGGGACAAUGUAAAGACAACUUUAUUCAUCUGCUGGGCAGAAAAACCGACGUUAUUUCAUUCAAGCAUAAUUUCAAGUAGAUCUUUUUAAAACGAUUUGAAGAACAUCGAACAUGCUUUUAUUCUUCUUAGAAAUUUUGAUUCAAUUCAGACCGAUUCAAUAAAAUCUUAAUUGAAAUGUCUUCCCAUUUAAGUUCGCGAUUUACAGGCAUUAACCACUGCCGACAAAAUAUGGUUGAUUGUAUAUACGUGAAGAAACAAGGGUCACCGCGAGUUUUAAUCUUAUUGGCAUGACGAUUAACGAUUUCAAAGUGUAACGACGCUGACGAAAUAUGAAGUGAACAGGAACUCCAGUUUAAAGAGCACUGCUUUUACAGAUUGUCAGAUGGGUAUUAAUCACUUUCAUACUAAUGAAUUAUAUAAUUCAGAUACUGUUAACAUGAAUCGGGCAUAUUACGACGGAACAGAACAUUGUAACACCAAAAGUUCAAAUAACGAGUCAAAUAACUUUUAUUAAAUUAAGAUAUAUUACGUUUAGUCAUCUACUGUAGAUUGGUUGUAAAUAUCAUACAUAUAAUACUUGUAUCAUUUUGUAUAAAAUCUCGCUAGCUCUAAUAACAAGAGACUGUUUUAGGCUUAAACCGUACAUAAUAAUAUAAAAUGAAAGCAACAUUUUUUAGUAAACAGAAAUGUGUAUCCGUAAUUUGAAGUAUGUAGUUAAAGCGUACCGCGAUCGAGUAUUUGCAGAGCACAUUUUCACCUUAUAACUUUGAACGUGUGCUCGAUAAAAUGUAUCUCUAACGUUAUACUAUAUCAUUGUGUUAAAUAUUUUUUACGAAUUAAGGGUAGUGGUUAUUUUUUUUGUAUAUGAUUGAUCGUUAUGUUUGUAUAUAACAUUGAUUGUUGUAUAAGAAUUGCUUGAAG